UGUACCAAACAAAGGUUAACUAACGAAACCCAGUCACCGAUUACUCCAAGAAAGAUAUGCUCUACCCAUUUUGUACUUUUGUACACAUCCUUUCGGCUUUUUUGUUUUUCAUACCCAUUCGUGUAUCCAAAUUGAAAACUGAGCCUUGAUCCUCAAAAGGGUUUCGUUUGAACCCAAAAACCCCUGCUGGGUCUUGAUCACUUUCGCUGUCAGACAAAGGAAUUCGAAGAUUGGGAGAAGAAGAUAGUAGGCCAUGGCAGUGCUGUUGGGUAUGACCCUUUUCGUGGCUAGAAUGGUGUUGGUGGCCCUAAUUGGGUGGGUCACAUCAUGCUUGUCUGUGGCAGAUGAGAUCGCUAUCUCCCUCCGAUCCGGUGGUAUAGGUCCUUUUCAUGUUGGUUGAUUUGGAGAGAUUUGUGCAUUCAAUUAAGCCCAUGCUCUGGUUUCUCCUUGUAAAUUCUCUGAUUCUUGCUCAAAGUAGUUGGGAUAAAACUACUCCCAUGUUCGCUGUCAAGAAGUAACAAGCCCGGCACGGACUAAUCAUUUUAGCGACUAUUGCCAAUGUCUAGAAGAUUUUCAGCGCGAUAGAGCUUGUUUAUUGUAACUGUUAACUUAAUAAUUUUAGUUGCUGACAAUCUUUGCUGUUACUUUAACUAGUUCCGUCUGAAGUUCUUCUCUUAACUUCUCAUGCAAAUCUUGGUUGAUUUUCUUUUUCUCAAUGUUUCUGUUCAUAUAAUGAAGGUUAUGUUUCCGAACAUACUAAUGUCAUUGAGCUUCUUUGGCUAAAAUGGUUGCUUUGACUUUUCA